AUAUAAGAACAAAUGCCUGGGCAAUAUAUAGUUGUAGGCUUGUAGCAAAAGCGCAUAUUAACGGAGUCCUUUCCAGUUUCAAGAUAGAUAGGGAGGGAGGAUGGGGAGAGCAGCAGAAGCACUGAGGGCUUACAGAUCGGUUCUGAGGGCCACUAGGAAAUCAUUCGCCGGGGACACCCUCAUGCUGCGGGAAUCGGCGGCGGAGGCUAGAAAGAAAUUCGAGGAAAACCGUCACGUGACCUCCGAGGCUGAGGUCCGGAGGCUGUUGGAGGAGGCGCGGGAGGCUUCACAAUUUAUCUCCACCAUGAUCGUCCAGGCCAAGCUCAAUGAACGCGGCGGUUACGAAGUGAAGCUGGAUAAGCAGCAUGCCGAUGCAACACUUGAAUUGCCUUCUGAAGAACUUCUUAAGAAGUCUCGUUGAACCUAAAUCUGAAGAUUGUAGUCUGCCGAAUGGAUGGAUUUUUUUUCACGUUAUUACUCGAGGAUCAGGGUCUGCAUUUAUUUGAGUUCUCUCCCAUCAUUUGCCGCACAUUUUAUGAAAGCCUGUGCUGUUUCAUUUUCAUGUAACUGUUGUUAUCGAUGUACUAACGUGAGGAUAUCAAAGCCCACCAAAGAGCUGAGAAUCACACAUUAAUUCGGGUAUGCAGCUGCAUCCUUCCAUUUAAAGACCAUCUCCAACUAAUUUGCUUCA